AAUAAGCCAGUUUUUUUUUUAAUGGACUUAAAAGUAAACCAAAUAACUGCUUACUUUCUUCCUGUAUAUUAUGAAAAUGUGAACAUGUUUUACGGAAAACGAACCCAACAAAACCUUUUAACUGUUUAAAAAAAAAAAAGAGUACAAGCCUGCCACCUGGAGGAGUGAUUGUAGCCUUUCAGGUAUCAAGUGCUUCUUCACUAUGAAAACUAUUAACCAAAGUCAGAAACAUGGCAUUGCAAACUAGAUUGUUAGUCUACUCUUUUAUGAGUGCUACGUUGUGUUAUGAAUUUUUACAUUUGUAUUUUGCAAAGGAAAAAAAGACUCUCUUCCCCCCAGCCCUGCAUCCUUUCUAACAUGCCCAGCACGUGGGUAACUACACCUAGUUUGAGCUUUCAGGGCUCUCAGCCCUGUCAUUUGUCCUAUACAGUUUUGUGAUCUCCAAAUGUUCGUGUGCCAAAAAAAACUGUUUCUCUCAACUGUGGAUUUUGAGAUGACCAAAAGAAAGAUCGCUACCAACCAGAGAACAACUUCAUCUCCAGAAUGCCACAAUUGUCAGUAUUACCUUUUGUAAAGAACGGGAUGAGUUUUGCCUACUGAACUAACAGGAGCUACUGAGUUGGUUUAUGUGCUUUGUUCCUGAUGUAUUUUGUUCUCUUUUCCCACUAAAGGCCUGAUCCUAAUGUUUGCUUCCCUAGAAAAAAACAACUCCUCACUGGAACAGCUCUCUGUCACAAAUCACUACAUUAUAUUAGCAUAUUAGUCUGGUGUCUGACGCAGAUACAAUGACAGGAAUAUUUUAGUUUAGGGCAUAAGAACUCUAUUGAACAGAUAAAAGUACCAAAUCCAUUCACAAGUUUUCAGUUUAUGUUAUAAUCACACACACACACACACACACACACACAACGUACAUAGACCAAGGAAGCAAAAAGGAGCUAAGAAGGAACAAGUAGAGGCGUGUCAAAGUACUCAAGCUAUAACCAAAAAGAAAUAUGUAUAAUGCCUUUGCUUGUCUUCUCAAUGCUGGACCAAAGCUCAAUGUAUGUAGGUAUAUGCACAUUGUAUAGAUAUGGCUAAAUGUUGCUGACAAUCUUGCAAUACUAAACUGUUACUAUUUUAAGAAAGAAAGAAAAAGAAAUACAGAAAGAAACUGUUCAUCAGUGUUUUACCUCAGCACUCUACUUGUACCCAGCUCAUGAGCAACACUGAAUUAAGGAAUUUUAAAAAAAUAAUAAAAAAAGAGAAACUAAUUUCCAUGUAAAUGUUUGACUGUAAAAAAAAAAAUCUGUUUCAGUAACAUUACUGUACUGAGCUUUUUGUCAUGUAGUUUGCUUGUUUCCAACUUGAGAUUAUGUGGGGCACAUUUGUUUAUUUAUUGUUGAGAAAGUGAUUUUCUUUUAUAUUUUAAUUUUAUAUAUAUGAAUAUAUAUUUUGGUCCUAUGUGCUAUCGGGUGCAGUCCAUAAACACUGUUGCUGCAUAUCCUCCAUUCCUUUCAAUGGGGUUUACAGCAGGCUCCAAUGGUGGCCCCACUGAGGUGAAUGGAGAUUGCGCAGCAGUAGCGCUUAGUGUCUGGCUCCCCUAAUCUACAGAAUGGUCACCAGGGUCACUUAUGAAGGACUGCAAAAGAGACCUGCUUUUCCAUGCAUGCCACAUGCAGCAGGAAAGAUGGCAGAGAAUGAAAUGGACUGUAUUGUGUUCUUCAUUUGUUUUUUUAAAAGGAAAAAAAAAUCAAAGGAGUUGAUGUCAAGGACUUGUGACCAAGAUGCCAAACUGGCUGUUUCAAGCUCCUUAUUGUUCUGACUUUGAAACCAAAGCUGAUUUUAUCUGCACAGGUUGCUGAACAUUUAAAAAAAAUUAAAAACUGACAAAAACUGUACUUAAACUAGAGCAAUAUCUGUAUGGUCAGUAAAGCUGCACUUUGUGUAUUUCUUAACAGCUUCAAAUCUGUCACUUUUAAUUUGUACCAUAAAAAAAUAAAGAAUUGU